AUGGGGACAACUGAGGGGACAACUGUGUUGACAACUGUGGGGACAACUGUGGGUCAGCUGGAGGAGACGCUCAGCACACAGAUGAAGAAUCUGUUUGAGACUGAGCUGAAGAGGGUCCAGCAGUAUGCAGUGGAUGUGACUCUUGAUCCUGAUACAGCAUAUCCUCAUCUCAUCCUGUCUGAUGAUGGGAAACAAGUAUAUCAUGGUGAUGUGAGGAAGAAUCUCACAGACAACCCAGAGAGAUUUACACGUUAUGCAUUUGUUUUAGGAAAGCAGAGUUUGUCUUCAGGCAGAUUUUACUUUGAGGUUCAGGUUAAAGAGAAGACGAAAUGGGAUUUAGGAGUGGCCAGAGAGUCGAUCAACAGGAAGGGAGAAACCUUUCUCAGCCCUAAGUAUGGUUUCUGGACUAUAUGGUUGAGAAAUGGAAAUGAGUAUGAAGCUCUUGAUGACCCUUCAGUCGAUCUCUCUCUGAAGUCUCCUCCUCAGAAGGUGGGGGUGUUUGUGGAUUAUGAGGAGGGUCUGGUCUCCUUUUAUGAUGUAGAUGCUGCAGCUCUUAUCUACUCCUUUACUGGCUGCUCCUUCACUGAGAAACUCUACCCAUACUUUGGUCCCUGUAAUAAUGAUGGUGGUAAAAACUCUGCUCCUCUGAUCAUCUCUCCUGUCAAUCAAACUGUCUGAUCUAGUUUCUAUGAUCAG